AUGGAGAACUACAGCAUUUCCUCUAAUUCAUUCGAAAAUAACGUCCAAAUUCAUCAGGGAAACAACUAUUACGCUUCUGAACCACCCCAAAGCAAAUCUGACGCUUGUCGAGAUGCGCUGUUCCUUGCAGACCCAAUUGUUGAUCGGGAAACUCUCAAAAGUACAAAAGGCCGAAGGACUGCAGGCACCUGUGAAUGGAUCAGAGACAAUGAAACCUACCAAUCCUGGCUUGAUGGUGACGUGCAAUGUCUCUGGAUUACUGGCGGCCCCGGCAAGGGAAAAACAAUACUCUCAAUCUUCCUAACUGAAGAACUUGAAAGGCGCACUCAAGAAAGCAAAGCUGCAGAACUUCUGUUGUUCUUUUUUUGUACCCCAGACGAGAAGCACAGCAGUGCUGUGGCUAUUCUUAGAGGUCUGGUUUACCAGCUGGUCAGAAUGCGCCCAAACUUGGUCAGCCGUAUCCUGUCCGACUUUGAAAGUACGGAAAAAACCCAAGAGACGCUAAAGUCUCCCAACGCUCUCUGGAUGGUAUUGGAAAAGCUCCUGCAAGCUCCCGACCUUGGAACGGUCUUUUGCGUGCUCGAUGGACUUGAUGAAUGCGACGAGGAGUCAUCAAGCCUACUGGCUGACAAAUUUUACGAAUAUUUCUUGGAGAACUCAAAACCAAGCAGUACGCAGUUCAAACUAGCGAUUGUUAGCCGAAAGAUUGACGGCGACAUUCAAAACUUCAUCGCCAGCAGCGUUAAAAAACUGGAAAGGAUACGAGGCUUCAAUGAUUAUCGAGAGAGUAUCGAAACCACUCUUCUAGAUCGAGCCCAAGGCACAUUCCUAUGGGUCGGCUUCGUUAUGGUAGAGCUGUCGAAAAAAAGGACCUGUACCCACAUCAUAGAAACUUUGGAGGAAAUUCCUCUAGGGUUGCAUGGAAUUUACAGCCGAAUGUUGACACAGAUUGAAGCCAGUCGACAAUCAGUCAUCUUCGACAUUUUGCAAUGGGUUACCAAUUCCGUUCGGCCUCUGACACUGUCUGAACUGGGGGAAGCUAUCCAUCUUCCGCCUACAACGAAAAUCAGCAAAGACCAGGCUAUUCUCGAUUAUGUCACUCUAUGUGGGCAUAUUCUCACAAUCCAUGAUCAGCAAGUCAGCCUUGUUCACCAAUCAGCGAGGGACUACCUAUUACAAAAGGACGCCGACAGCGACCCUAUACUCAAAGAGUUUCAAAUCAAAGCGGAACAUGCGCAUGCUACUCUAGCAGAAGUAUGUCUUGACUAUAUUGAGAAGAAUGCGGAUAAUAAGAAUGCUUUGAGGCUUUCAAGACCAUUUUUCGAAGAGACAUCCAUUGUGCGGGAGCACUGGUGGCAGAUUUACAAGAUGGAGAACGACAUGUAUUUUGUUAUAUUCCCGGAUAUCUCCAGUCUGCCUUUGUUACACAUGGCCUCUUGGUUCGGGAUAUAUGACUUGGUUCGGGGGCUGCUUAUGGCCAAUACUUUGCUCCGGACAUGCCCAACGGUAGAUGAAACUGGCAGGACUUACACCAAGCCGCUUGGGUUGGCUCUCAGCAAUGGCCACAUGUCUAUUGCACAGCUACUGCUUGCAAACGGCGCGGAUGGUAAAGACGAGGCACUGGAAUCGGCUGCUAGCAGUGGUCAUAUAGAUGCUGUGCAGCUACUGCUUGCAUACGGCGUAGAUAGUAAAGCUAGGGCGCUGCGAUCGGCUGCUAGCAGUGGCCACAUGUCUAUUGUGCAGCUACUGCUUGCAAAUGGCGCGGAUGGUAAAGACGAGGCACUGGACACGGCUGCUCGCUAUGGCCACACGGCUGUUAUGCAGCUACUGUUUUCAAAUGGCCAAACGGAUAUAGUGCAGUUAUUUCUUGCAAACGGCACGGGUGGUAAAGAUGACGCGCUGACAGUGGCUUCCUUAAAUGGCCAAACGGCUACGGUGCAACUACUCCUUGAAAGCGGGUGCAAACGGUUAACGGAGGCGUUGGAAGGGGCUGCCAACAGAGGCCACACGGCUAUUGUGCAGCUACUUCUUGCAUAUGGUGCAGAUGAUAAAAAUAUGGCGCUGCAAAUGGCUGCAUCCUCACACCAUAUGGAUAUUGUGCAACUCCUUCUUGCAAAUGGCGCGGACGAUAAACUGACGUGA